AUGGACAGACAGGUGAUAUAUGCUGAUUUAAACGUAUCCAGGAAUGCUGGCCUUGAAAGCUCAUCACCCCCAUCUCUUCCUCAGAUGAUAUUCUUGAGACAAAAAUCAACAGAAAAAAGCAGCAUGGAUGCUCAAGAGAACAGGAAGGAAACAACAGAGAGACCAGUUCUGUUAAAGUGCCCAACAAAUUGGCAACUAAUCCGAGAUAAAUGCUUGCUUUUUUAUGACACUUACAAACCUUGGAAUGACAGUCUAGCCGACUGUUUCACAAAAGAAUCCCGUCUGCUGCUUAUUCAAGAUCAGGAAGAAUUGAGGCUCGUACAAAACCGGAUAGACAAAGGAGGAAUUCUAUUUUGGAUUGGAUUAAAUUUUACAUUAUCAGAAAAGAACUGGAAGUGGAUAAAUGGAUCCUUUUUAAAUUCUAAUAUGUUACAAAUUACUGGUGAUGCUGAAGAAAACAGUUGUGUUUGCAUCUCAAGGACACAAAUUCUUUCCGAGAACUGUGCUACAGAAAAUAAAUGGAUCUGUCAAAAAGAACUAAAACCUGUCAAAAAUAAAGUAUGUUCUGCCACUUGA